AUGAGUGAAGGCAAUAUUUCUAAUUUACUUGACACUAAUAUUUUUGAUAACACUUCAAGAGACUAUGGCACUUCAGAUGAGAACUCUAGGGCGCCAACGACUACUCUAUGUACUAGCAGACAGAUAGUUAAGAACAAUUCAGCUGCUAAACUAACAACUUUGAAGGGUAAUCAAAUUAAUAACAAAAAGAGAGUAGAUAAUUCCAACACCAGAAACACCUUCUCUAAACGAAUAAAUUCUUCUUUAUUAAACCCUUUAAUCUUUUCCAAUACAAACUCAAGACUUGCUACACAAAAGCAAUAUAAUGUAGCAACUAGAAACUCAAAAUUGGCUUCAAAACAAUCAAAAGCAAUCAAUACAAACAGAAACACAGCUAUUUCUACAAUUUUAAAUCAAAAUUAUCCAAUAAUUUGUAGCAUUUAUGAAAAUCCAAAGAGUAUUGAGAAUAAAAUUGGAAUGUCUAUCGUAAAUUAUAAUACAGGUGAAUUGAUAUUAUCUGAAUUUUUGGAUUCACAGAUUUUUAUCAGAACAAUUAAUAGAUUAAAAAUUUUUAAUCCCAUUGAAAUUUUAUUAUCAGCAAACUCAAUCAAGCCAAUAUUUUCAAAAUUAGCAAAUUUAAUUAAACUUAAUAUUGAUGAUUCUGUGAAAAUAAUUGAAAUCAAUAAUUUGAAACUUUAUAAUUCAGAAGUUGGUUUACAAAAUAUUACUGGCUACACAAUGGAAUUAACUAAGGAAUCAAAAUCUACUAAUUUGAACUUAAAUUCAGAGGAGUAUAAAUUCGAAGAUAUUAAAAAUAAACACUUUGCCUUAAUGGCAACGUCUGCCUUAAUCAGAUAUAUUAAUGAUUGUUUAAGUAAAAAUAAUCCCGCUAUUUACCAUAAAUUUAAAUAUUUUAGAAUUAAACUAGAAACAAUUGAAAAUACUAUGCUAAUUGAUUCAAAAACUAUUGCAGAUUUACAAUUAAUCGAAAAUAAUACAUCAUCGAGUUCUAAUAAAAAUAUUAAAAAUUUAACUGUGUGCAAUUAUUUAGACAAAACAUGUACAAAAAUGGGUAAAAGAUGUUUCAGGAAUAAUUUAUUACAGCCUUUAAUUAAUGAAAAAUUGAUAAAUAUGAGGUAUGAAGCGGUAAAGGAGUUAGCAACUUUAUGUGAUCAAGAUUUAGAAGGAGAAAAUAUUCUAGAACAACUUAGAGCAGUGUUAAAAGAGUUUCAUGAUUUGGACAAAUUAUUUUCAAAAUUGUUGACUGUAAAUUCAAUUGGAAUUCAAUCAACUCAAAAAUUGAAUUAUUUAAUUUGUUUAAAGACAAAUUUGCAAGCAAUUGAUAAUUUGAAAAAUGUCUUAAAUAGAUACGCUGACAGCUUAAAUUCUUUUAUUUUGAAAGAAAUAACAAAAAUAUUGAAUAAUGAAAUUACUCAAGAAAUUCGAGUACUCAUUGACUCAUCUUUGAAUGAUGAUUGUACAUGGGCUCAUUCUCCGCUUGAUUUACAAAAUCAAAAAUGUUAUGCUGUAAGGGCUGGAGCAAAUGGCUUGUUAGACAUUUCAAGACAAAUCUAUAAGAAGAUAACAGACGAAAUAUUACAAGAAAUAGAAGAUUUGGAAGAAAAUUACUCCUUAACGUUAGAUCAUUCUUUUGAUAAUACACGUGGUUAUUAUAUUAGAAUAAAAAAGACCACCAUACUGUCGAAUGAUGACAAUCUGCCAUCUGAAUUUUUAAACAUUGUGAAUAAAAAAAAUUGCAUUGAAUGUAACACAUUAAAAGUUUUAAAAUUAAAUGCCAGAUUGAAAGAAGUAAUUUCAGAAAUAAUAUUAAUAAGUGAAACAGUGAUAGAAGAACUUUUAAGUAACAUUUCUAAUAAGAUUUCAACUUUAUUUAUGGUUUCUGAGGCAAUCUCAAUUCUUGAUUUACUCACUUGCUUCACUAAUAAUUUAAAAACAUUCAACUAUUGUAUUCCUGUAUUAUCAGAUAAAAUAAUCUUAAAAAAUUCAAGGCAUCCAAUCUUAGAGCGUGAACUUAAAGAUUUCAUCCCUAACGAUGUAACAUCCAUUAGACAAACUUCCUCUUUACAAAUCAUUACGGGUUAUAACAUGAGCGGGAAAUCAGUGCUUUUAAAACAAAUAGCAUUGCUAACAAUAAUGUCACAAAUGGGUUCACCAAUUCCAGCUGAUUAUGCUAUGAUGCCAAUAUUUAAGAAAUUACACACGAGAAUUUGUAAUGAAAAUUUUGAAGUUAAUUCAUCUAAUUUUUCCUUCGAAAUGAAAGAAAUGGCAUAUUUCCUUGAUGAUAUUACGCCAGAAACUUUGCUUAUUAUCGAUGAAUUGGGAAGAAAUUCAAGUAUAUAUGAUGGGUUCGCAAUAUCAUUAGCAAUAACUGAAUUUCUCCUGCAGAAGAAAUGUACUGUAUUUUUGUCAACACAUUUCCAAAAUAUUGCCCACAUCUUAAAAAAUAAACCUUCUGUCCUUCAUUUGCAUAUGGCGGCAGAUUUAUCUAGAGAUAAUAAAUUAAAAAUGAAGUAUACAAUUGGGAAAGAAUACAACUAUGUUGAUAAUCCUGGAAUAAAGAUAGUCUCAAAUUUUUUUGAACCAGAAAUUAUUGAAGAGGCAUACAAUAUAGCAGCAUUAUUGCAUUUGGAAAAAAAAUCAUCCAAUCCAAGCCAAUGUACUGAAUUUGAACAAAAUCAAAUACUUGUGAAAAAAUUAAAAAUGAUUCAUAAUUUAGUUGAAAUUUUAAAAGAAUUAUUGAGGCAGGAUGAUAAAGAACUCUGUUUAAAAACUCUCCAAGAUACUCAGCUGGAAUUCAUCAAAAAAUUCGAUUUAUGA